AACGCCUGCACCGCAGCAGCAGCAGCAGCUGCCGCCGCCGCCGCCUGCUACGCGCAUCUGUCCGUGUGCAGCAGACACAGCAGCAGACCUGGCGAUGAUGGCGGACUGUGUUGGCUUUCAAGCGCAAAUCGCCUCGAUUAUAGAGAUUUUGGCCAAUUCGGCAGUGGCGGAGAUCUGCAAACUGGUAGACGACGGGUACGCGGCGCUGCGCUCCCAGAUGGACCAGGAGCGGGAGAAGAGCGAGAAGGAGAACGAUGCCCUGCGACAGAAACUGCGAGAAAUAGACGUGAAGAUGCGGAGCUACGAGAGGAAGAUGAGGAGACGGAGUCAGCGGGAGGAGAUGCACGCCGUUCAUUUUAGGCCACCUGAAGGAGCUGAUGUCCAUCAGCCUGUGUCGCCCCUAGCUGCCACCUCUGAAGACAAAUCUUUCCAUCACAUAUCAAAGCAUGAGGAAACCAAGGUGUUGCCCCUGGUGAAGCAGGAGAAGGUGGAGAAGGAUGACUGCAACCUGGACCUCAAGGUGGAGGUCAACAUCAGGGCAGAGUGUGGCCUGUCUACUGCCAUGGAGCCCAGUGAGGAGACCCCCUCUAGUGAUAUUGUUCUUCACACCAGUGUCACCAACAUCACCUCUCCCAGCACCCUGCCCUCCUCUCCCCCCACUGAUGCCACAAUGGACCUGACCUGCAGGCCUCGAGCCAAACGUAAAGCCACCCUACCUCUGGCCAACAGUUUGACAGUCAGCUGUGGGGGAGUCCCAGCCCCCGAGGCCACUGGCAGGGACCUUGGCGGCAGCCUAACAGGUGGUGCUCUGAAGCCAGAAAUUCAGACAGAUGAUGCUACAGAAGAUGAACUUCAUCCCUCUGAGCUGUCAGCCCCUGUAGCCUCAGAUGAGCCGAGCCCCGAUCGCCUCAACAGUGUGGGCCUGGACCUGGCCUGGAUGCAGGAAAGGGUUAGCCAUCUGGGUGCAGCGUAUGCAGUCGCACAGUUGGGUUUAGGGAACACAGAAACUGGCCACCCCUCUUCCUCCUUCCCCUCACAGGGAGGUGGAGACAAUCUAGAUGGCCCUCCAACCAUGCUCUUCACAGGAGGUGCUCAUGAAAUGGCUGCUUUCGCCGCCUCCUUUGACAUGGCUGCUGCCGCUGCUGCCGCCGCUGCUGUCGUCGCUACAUCACCUCCACCACCUCCUCCACACUCUCACCCUACAGCUCCUCCUGCCACCACCAUCAGCCAGAGGCGGACUUAUAGGACCGGCACAGCUGCUGCUAAAGAGCCUGUGGUGUGCGCUGUGUGCGGCCGAGUCUUCCCCAGCGCAGCCGCCCUGGAUCUGCACCAACGGGUGCACACAGGGGAGAGGCCCUACACCUGUCCCCACUGUGGAAAGGGCUUCGCCCAGCCCAACAACCUGCGGGUCCAUCUUCUCAUUCACACUGGGGAGAGGCGUUAUCGAUGUUCGCUGUGUGGUAAGAGUUUCAUCUCGUCCAGCCACCUGAAGAGGCACCGCACAGUCCACACGCAGGAGAAACCGUACAGCUGCUCACGAUGCGGACAGUCCUUCAGCCAAAUGUGUAGCGUCCGCAGACACCGGCAGCAGUCCCAGUGUGGCCUGUAGACUGACUGUAGGAAGGGUGGAUGGCAGAUGUAAAUCUUCUCAUUCAGUUUGGGCUCUGAAGGGUGAAUGAUUGAAAACCUUUACGUAGGAAUUCUACAAUCUUAUGUAAGAAGCAAGGCUGUAUCCUGUGAUAUCCUGACACAUUGUUGAUGUUUGUCCAAGGUCAUAGCAGUCACAUGUGAAUUCUGUUUUUAAGGUAAAGGAAAGGAUUUCCCCUUAAACCCCUCUAAACCUUUUCUUACUCUUCAAACUCAGAGAGGAUCACAGAGUGGACUGUAAAAGAGUGCCUGAGACGGUGUUGGUAACACUUAACACAUCAAUUUUUCAUUAAAUCAUCUUGUUUGUGAUAACAAAGCUGACACGCAUGGUUUGAUCCAGGAGGAGAAAUGUGGUUAUCUUGGAUCAUUUUGGCUGAUGAUGUUGGUACACAGCCAUCAUGGCAGUGUAGCUGCACUGAGCACCUUGUAGAACAGGAGGAACAGAACCAUUCAGCAUUUUAAGAGAGAUUUAAUUUAGCUGACUGCAAAGUUUAAAAACACAAAAACCUCCUCAGUAGAGUUCUGAUUGAAAUAUUCAUGAUUUUCAAAGCCUAACUCAGUCAAAAAGGGAAAGAGCAACACAUUUCCAACACCUCCAAAGCUAUCUCAGUGGCAUGUGGUAUUUUUAUGUAGUACUUUUGCUGUGUUAUAAAUAUAUACACUCAUCUUACACAAUGUCCAAACUUUUUUGGAGUCAGGGUUCUAUGUAGAUUUUUUGUGUCUGCAACCCUCAUUCCAAAAAUGUUGGGACGCUGCGUAAAACGUCAAUACAAACAGAAAGCAUUGAAUUCAGAAUGAGUGUAUAUAUUUACAAAAAAUUGUUUGAGCAUUAGAUUUAUGUACUGUCUUUGUACUGUAUUCAAUUGAAUGUAGGUGGCAAAUGAUUAACCCAACAUCCCAACUGUAUGGGGGCUUGUAGAACAAACGGCAACAACAACAACAACACACCGCAUCAGCCAUCCCUGCAAAUCAUGAAUAAAGAAGACCUGUCUUUAAAUAGGUUGCCAUUCUUAAUAAUAAUGAUACCUUUGUUUAUAUAGCACCUUCAAAAUAGUGUUUACGAAGUAAUUUGACAGUCAGGCCAAGCAAAAGCAGAAGGCCAAAAGCAAUGUAACAACAAAAUAAUAUAGUGCAGCCGAACAAAAGCAAGAAAAAAUUAUGGUAAAAUGAAUAUAACAAACAAAGUCCAGAAUUUAAGUAAUAUUUAUCAGAAAAAAUACACUAUAAAUAGGUAGAAGCAAUAUAUACAAUACACCUGUGAAAACAUGAUAAAAAAGGAAACAACAUCACACAAAUGCAAGUCGUAAGAAGUGAUUUAAAAGAAGUCACUGAUUCAACGAGCCUUAACUCAUGGUCUCACAUCCCCAGCAGUUCACAUCACAGAGACAAUCUAAAACAGCAGCUAGGCUUCUUGGGUCAUCAGUGUAUAUCUGUGUGUCAUCAGCAUAUAAGUGAAAUGAGACAAUGUGAUGUUGGAUUAUUUUGCAGAGUGGGAGCAUGUAAAUAGAAAAUAUAAUUGGACCUAAAAUCAAAAAUUGCGGUGCACCACAGGUAAUGGGAGACCUCUAAGAUGUGUAAUUCCAUAUGGUGACUGAGUAGGUGCUGUAUCCUCUUAAACUGUCUUUACUAGCUGUGUUUCCAUUAAAGUCGAAUCAAAUUUUCAGGCAAAAUUUUGAAUGCCACACUAAAGAAAAUGCAAAUUAUGGACGUUUCCAUCAACUGGAUAGAUCGAAUAAACAAAGCUGCAGAAACGUACUUUGGUCAGAAGAUGACAGUGUAAUGAAUUGCUCUAGCCCAUUUAGGCCUAAAACGCCUGUUAAAAAAAACCUAUGGACGAUUUUAAAAUAACCCCCUAAAACCUGAAGUUUUUCUGGAAAUUCAACAGAAGUGUCAACGCUUCCUACUAAAUAAUAGAUUUUUCAGCCUCUGUAGCAGAUAGCCCCCGGUUUUAAUGGUAGAAAUGUGGUAAUGCUUUCCCGGUUUAAAUAAAUUAAGAUAAUCCAUCAGUUAACAGUAGAAGAGAUUUAGCAAGACAGAAAAAAUAGGUUGUUAAUCUGACAACUUUGGCCAACAAUGAGAGAAAAUAUGUCUUCAGGAAUUAUACUCAGUUGGGUAGCUUUUAACUGUUCUUUCAUGUCAGAGCAGAAACACAACUUAUUCGCAGAAAGUCUUUCAAUCUCUCUUUUAGCGCAUUAACUUUUUUUGUUUUUUAAAAAGACAAGCAUAAAAACUUUAUUGUGCAUUUUUUAAAAGUUUUUUCAAAUGUUUCCAUCAAGCUUUUCUCACAUAAAUCUUCAAAAUGCACAUCUAAGUUUGUUGAUGGAAACCCAACUACUGUCAAUGAACUCCAGCUUGACAUGUUUGGUAACGUGCUAGCAUAUAAUUUACAAUGCAAAGUUCAGGGCAGCUUCGAAGUUAUUGGGAGUUAUUUUUUAAUGUUAAACGCAUUAGCUUACAAGCUAACUGCUUCUGCCUGCCUCAAGUCUUCAUGCCAAGCUAGACUUACCACACCCUGGACCUAUCUGUAUUCACAAAUUACCAUAUCAUCCUAUUUUCUGAAUGCGGCUAAAAUGACAACGAAGUAUAGGCCUAUUCUGUAAAAUGUCCGAAUUUAAAGCACUUGAAUUAUUCCCAUAACUGUAUGUUAAAGUUUUGGAUGAAAUUGGAGGCAGUGGUGAUACGCAAUUUGUUUUUCAUGGUGUAUUUAUCAAACAUAGUCCACUCUGUGACUUAUUGUGUGAUAUAAAGGUGAGUGGCCUUCUCAAGGCAACUUGGUAUUGAAUGGUAACACAUUCAAUACUUGACAUACAUACCAAGUUCAUGUUUAUGUCUGCCACUGCAAUUAUCUGUAUAUUUAUUUACUCCUCAUUUCUUUACAGGGAAUUUGGGUUUUGUUUACUAUGUUUUUCUAUCUAAAUGACUAAUUGGGAUAACACAUUCAAAUAGGUCCAGUAUUGAGUGAGACACUACAGCUAGUGAUGUGCCAGUGAAGCCUCAUGAACCAUUGUCAUUAUUUUCUGA